AAUUAUAGUGAAGGUGAAAGUAGCAAGGUUCAAUUUUAGAGCCCAUGGAGCGUGGAGCCCACCCAAUUCAUAUAUCAUAGCCCUACGGCGGUUCAACUCAAAAUUUUCAAUUCACAAGAAGCUGGACUCCACUUAGUAUUAUACUACUAGUUUUAGACUUAAUCUACGAACCCUAAGUGGAAGAAAAUCCGAAGAUCAGCUAGGCAAAUCUUGAAUUCGGAUUUUCCUGCAUCUAAAAAUGCUUCCCCUCUCUUUGCUCAAGACUGCACAGGGCCAUCCCAUGUUGGUGGAGCUAAAAAAUGGGGAGACAUAUAACGGUCAUUUGGUGAAUUGUGAUACUUGGAUGAAUAUCCAUCUUCGUGAAGUUAUCUGUACAUCAAAGGAUGGAGAUAGAUUUUGGAGAAUGCCUGAAUGUUAUAUUCGUGGAAAUACCAUAAAGUAUCUUAGAGUUCCUGAUGAGGUGAUUGAUAAAGUUCAAGAAGAAACAAAAAGUCGUGCAGAUAGAAAACCACCUGGUGUAGGUGGGCGAGGAAGGGGAAGAGGAGGUAGGGAUGAAAGUGCUGCUGGAAGACAGGCGAAAGGCAUUGGGCGUGGAAUGGAAGAUGCGGGUGCCAAAGGUCGGGGCAAAGGAGGACCUGGUGCCAAGUCUGGUGGUAAAGGUGGAGGCCGUGGACGUGGCUAAUCAUCUUCAUUUAGAGACAAAGAGGGCAGAUGACCAGUGGCACUUUAAAGCCUACUAGAUAAUAUUGUAUCUAAUUUUGUUUGUACUGUUAAAUUAUGAAGGCUCUUACUGAAGGAAAGGCUGCUUCCAGUUAUUUUUAGUUUGAGUUGGAAUGUAUGUCGGCUUGGAAUUUCUCUCUUUCCUUUAUGAUGUAAGAGUUCGUGUCUUGGAAAAUAUUUGGCCCUUUGUGUGUUUAAUUUAACUGAAUGCUGAACUAGUUUUCUUUGCCGAA